AUGAAUCCCAUUGCUGCCAAAACGAGUCCUCAUCUGGCCGACUCUUUUGGCUUCUGGACAAAUAAGGGAGGUGUAGGGAAGACAACGCUUUGCUAUCAUGCGCUUAUCAAAUAUGCGCAACAGCACCCUUCAAAGAAAGUCCUGGUAAUAGAUGCCGAUCCACAGGCGAACCUAUCGAUGCUGCUGCUCAACUCUGUCAGAGCUAAAGUGAGAGAGGAUGGCACGGAGAGUCCAACGGAGUGGAUUAGAAAUGAUGGGAGUCAGACUAUUGUGAGCCUUCAGAGGGAGGCGGUUGAUGACGACGGUCAAUGUCCACGCACGAUUGUGGGCUACAUUAUGAGUUACGGGGGCAUCCAGCCAGUCCUGCCGCUUCCCAGCUUUGACAGAUUCCUGGUCCAUGUGCACACCUACAACCCACAGCUUCCCGAGAAUAUCCAUCUCCUGUGCGGGGACUCGAAUCUUGAGAUCCUUUCCGCUCUCAUGGUGGUGAACGCCAAGAACACGGUUUCCAAUUGGAUUAUGCUCCACCGCAUCCUGGAGAAAUUCAUCACGAGUUUUGCCGACCAGCAGGGUUUGCAAGGGUCCCAAACGACGGCGUUCAUUGACACCAAUCCCGCCUUUACAAUCUACACCGAGGCAGCUCUUGUGGCCACCAAGAAGCUCAUCAUCCCAGUCAACUCCGACGACUUUUCAGUGGAAGCAGUCAGGAAAAUGUUCUCCACACACUACAACGACGGACUCUUCAAGCAGGCAUACCUGCUGGAGUUUAAGGACCUCCAUGGUGCAGGGAUCACAACCGCGCACUUUGGUGCUCCGCUGAGCUUCGUGCUGCAGGCAGACACGAUGGACGAUCCAGUAAAGGCUCGCUUGAGAAGAGCAAUCGGUGAGUACUUUGGAAAGCACUACAAAGGGGGCUCCGCAAUGCAGCCCGCUGGAGAAGCGGUUGAGGCCCUCGUGCAAGCAAUGACGAGGCGGCCAAGCCAAAGGAUGGGCCUAGUCAACGGCGCGGGUCGGGCGGGUAAGCAUGGCAAAGGGGGCGGGGGAGGGGGAGGGGGCGGCGGGGGCGGCGGCGGGAGCGGAGGUAAGGGCAGCGGCGGCGGCGGCGGCGGCAAAGGCGGCAAAGGCGGCAAAGACGGGGUCGGGGGCGGGACCGACAACGAUUCCGACGAUGACAGGCCGUUGCGACCUCUUUCGUCCCCUUCCCCCAAGCCGAAAAAGCCGAGCACGAGUGAAAAGAAGGGGGAUGGCAAGAAGGCGCAGAAGAACGGUGAAGACCAUGUUCGGUCAGCCGUUGCCAUGCUGGGCAACAAACUGCUGCUGAAGAAGCUGAAGAAGCUGGGCGUCGACACCAAUGGCAUCAACGAGCGCCAGAACCUCGAUAAUCUGCUGAUGAAAGCACUGCCGUCGAAAGAAGGUAACGGCAGGGGGGGUGAGGAUGCCGGGGGGCCCGAAGGCGGGGCUGGCGCCGGAAUCAAGGCCGAUGAGCCCGAUGAUGACAGGCCGUUGCCGCCUUCCUCGGCCGCUACCCCCAAGCCGAAAAAGCCGAAAACGAGUGAGAAGAAGGGGGUCACGAAGGCGCGAGAGAACGGUGUAGAACAUCUUCGGUCAGCCGUUGCCAUCCUGAGCACCAAACUGCUGCUGCAGAAGCUGGAGGAGCUGGGCAUCAACACCUUUGGCAUCAAAGAGCGCCAGGACCUCAAUAAUCUGCUGGUGGAAGCACUGCAGUCGAAAAGAGCGGAGAAGUCGGCCACAAAGCAAGGGAAGGGAGAGAAAACCCCGAAGCCGAAGAAGCGGAAAACCUCAGAGUCAGAUGGCAAAGGAGAAGGUCCCAAGAAGAGAGCUAAGAAGGAGUAG